AGGACAUUGUUCUUUCUUACCCCAGAAGGCACUCUAAGGCCGCUGGCUAUUGAGUUGACUCGACCGCCCAUAGAUGGAAAGCCUCAGUGGAAGCAAGUCUUCCAACCCAGCUGGAAUGCUACCGGUGUCUGGCUUUGGAGGAUUGCAAGAGCUCAUGUCCUUGCUCAUGACUCUGGUUACCAUCAACUUGUUAGUCACUGGCUACGAACGCAUUGUGUCACAGAACCAUAUAUAAUCGCAACCAAUCGUCAACUGAGUGUGUUGCACCCUAUCUAUAGACUGUUGCAUCCCCAUUUCAGAUACACUAUGGAGAUCAAUGCACUUGCUCGUGAAUCACUUAUCAAUUCCGGUGGCAUCAUUGAAACCUCAUUCUCUCCUGGAAAAUACUCCAUGGAGCUUUGCUCUAUUGCCUACGGUAAGGAGUGGCGAUUCGACCAAGAGGCUCUUCCAGCUGACCUUAUUCGCAGGGGUAUGGCUGUUGAGGACCCAACAGCUGCUCACGGUUUGAGGCUAACAAUUCAAGACUACCCUUUCGCCAAUGAUGGACUCCUCAUAUGGGAUGCCAUUAAAGAAUGGGUCUCUGAUUAUGUAAACCACUACUACACGGACGCCAGCCUUGUACAAACCGAUCAAGAGCUCCAAGCAUGGUGGACAGAGAUCAGAACAGUAGGUCACGGAGAUAAGAAGGACGAACCCUGGUGGCCUGAGCUAAAUACCACUCAAGACCUCGUCGACAUCCUCACAACAAUGCUUUGGGUUACAUCCGGUCACUAUGCAUCAGUCAACUUCGGUCAGUAUACCUAUGCAGGUUACUUCCCUAAUCGCCCAACAAUUGCAAGGACUAACGUUCCCACGGAGGAUCCCGACGAUGCAGUCUGGAAAAGGUUCAAGGAAAAACCCGAGGAGGCACUUUUGCGGUGCUUUCCUUCGCAAAUACAAGCCACAACGGCGAUGGCGGUUUUAGACAUUUUGUCUACUCAUUCGCCGGACGAGGAGUAUGUCACGACUCUAAAAUUUCGAGUAUGA